GUCACUGCCAGGGGAUUCGCCCCAUUGUUGCAGUUUGCCUACACUGCUAAGCUGUUACUCAGCAGAGAAAACAUCCAGGAGGUCAUCCGCUGUGCCGAAUUCCUGCGCAUGCACAACCUGGAGGACUCGUGCUUUCGCUUCCUGGAGGCCCAGCUCCGCAGCGAGGAGGACGGCCUGCUGCUGUGCCACAAGGUGGCGCCGGCCGAGGGCAACCACGAGACCGAGGACGAGAGCAUGCAGUCUGAGACGACAACAAAGGUCACCUCCCCCCGGGCCCGGCGGCGCGCUGAAGCUUUGGCCUCCUUGCAGCAAGCAGCGGACGCGGACCAGCUAGCCAUGGCGGUGCCCAGCGACUUCGCAGACGGACGGCUGGACUUCGACAGGCACGGAGCGUCGGACCUCCCCCGCUGCCCCAAAUACAGGAAGUACCAGUGGGCCUGCAACAAGCACAAUAACAACACCUCCUCACAUACAAGUACCUCAGGUUUUCCAAGCACAUUAUUAUUUAAGGAGACCAGCGGUGGCAUCAGCGACGGGGCGGUCCGGGACCAGAGCAGGCCGCCGGUGGCCCAAAUCAAAGUGGAGCCGCGGGCAGAGGAAGAGGUAAUCUCGCUGUACCUGUCGGGGGACGAGCAGGACGGCCAGGACAAGGAUGAUGUGACAGCCAUGGAAUUGGACAGUGUCCCAGUGGUAUCCCCCUCUUCCGUCAAGCGGAGCAAGUCCCCUACCUGCCUCCGCGCCUUCUUCAAGAAAGGAACGGACCUGCCAGGUCUACCCAACGCAUCGCAACAGCUAUUCGCCAACAAACUCGCCAGCAUCUGCCCCCAAGACAAAGAAACCACUCAGGGAGAUCACAAAACAAAAGAUUUCAGGCCUUUCACUGCAGGGGAGCUGGGCCUGUCUGUUACAUCCCCAAAGGAAGUGGACGGCUUCCCUCCGAGGCUGUCGGCGCUGAAGUCUGCCUCCUGCGACGGCGUUUGCAAACAGGAAGUGGAGCUGGACCGCCGCAGUGUCAUUUUUUCCUCCUCAGGGGCCUGCGACCGUCUGGGCACCCCGGCGCAUUCCUGCAAUGGUGGUAACUCUUUGGAGAUGGAGCUCUCAGAGCACACGCCAAAGAGUCUGUGGGAUGGUGCCAGCCAGUCCCUCCCCACCUCCGAGACCUACUCUCCCAGCAGCGCCCCCUCCCUCGCUUCCACCACCACAGAGUCCCCGCCGCUCCUCUGCCGCCUGCGGCCCAACACCAGCUGCCCAGUGCCAAUCAAGGUGUGCACGCGCUCACCGCCCUCCGAGACCCGCACGCGGACCUCCAGCUCCUGCUCCUCCUACUCUUACGCGGAGGAUGGGAGCGGCGGCUCCCCCUGCAGCCUGCCCCAGUUUGAGUUCUCCUCCUCGCCGUGUUCCAACGUGGCGCUCCGCCUCGCCGCCGACCAGCAGGACCAGAGCGUGAUGGGGGGAGAUGCCCUCUUCAACCAGGUGCGCCCCAAGAUCAAGUGCGAGCAGUCGUACGGCACCAACUCCAGCGACGAGUCGGGAUCCUUCUCCGAGGGUGACAGCGAGUUGUGUCGAGUCGAGCAAGGGCCAGAGGUGAGUGAAUUGAACACUAUCACACUGUCUUCUCUCAUGUCGAACACAAUCCCUCGUACACCCAGUCCCACCUUGGGGACUAAUCAUCAUCUCAGAGUGACCUAGCUCUCCAGGUCUGCAUUUACAGUCAUUAGAUCAUCAUGUAAUUGAAGCGGGAGUAUUAUUUCACUAAAAGAUUUACAGCAACACCACCGUGAAUAGAACAGGGGAACAGAUGUGCUUUGAUAAUAUUAAUCGGCUUUACGCACUGUUUGAGAUCUGUGUAAUGAGUCUGAAUAGGAGCGAGGGUCCAAACCAAAUGCGCUCGCUAGAACAAUCUGAGCCCACACACACACACACACACACACACACACACACACUCCCGAGGAGGUGGUUGUUGUGUCGAGGGCUGUGAUUGGUUGAUCCUAUGGACAGGGAAGCGCUGGUGUGUGUAGAAGGGCUAAUAGACUGAGAUGUAGAUGGGGGAGCUGGCGAGGAGUCAGGGUUCUCUCUAAGGCCAGGGUCUGAAGGCUUUCUCUUGUAGCUUUAUCUAUGCCCCCCUAGCUGUCACAGGCUAAAUAGCUGAUAUUAUCCCUUCACAAGCCUGACAUCUCUAAUCCAAUUCCACACAAUCUGCAUCUGCUAAUUGUCGAGACACUUCGCUGGGCAUUGACAUGAAUACUGUAUCACCAAUAUACCUACACUACUUGAAGGUGAAGGUAGCCUUUGUUGUAUGACAUGUAUAUACAAAUAUAGCUUAUAGUGUAUGUGACAGAUAUACGCCUACACUAUUUGAAGGUAGACUAUGUUGGGUUAUGCACACCUAUAGGGCAUAUACACUAUGUUUGUGAUAGUCAUAGGACAAUAGCAGUGUAAUGAAAAAGGAUGUAGCUGUACAGUGCACGUGGUUUGAUGGAGGAGGGGCUGCUCCGCGUUGUGUCAUGAUGAGACUGCAUCCUGCAGCGCCUGGCGUGCUUCUGACAAGGAUGGAUGGCCAAUCCCCUAAUCAUCCCCUAAUCCAUCUGGCCAGACAACCGACGUCCUCCAGGCUGACUGCAGAACAGCCCUGUUGUUGUUGUUGAUGUUGUUGUUAUUUACUGUGAGAUCACUAAGGAUAAAUAUAAUACAGCCUAGUCAAGUGGACAAUUAUAAUCAGGAUGAAAGCUGUUUUGUUCCAUCAAAGGGACAUUUUAAAUGAUUUUUAUUUAUUCAUACAGAAUGUCUCUGAUGCUUCUUUAAUUUCGUCUUGAAACGAUUGCAUCAGUAGCAUUUGCUUUUGUUGUAGGCAGACGUGCUUUCUCUUUGCCUGGAAGAUAAAGGCUUGCCGCUUCUCAGCCUGAGACCUUGAAGUGCGCAGGGAGCCGAGAGAGAGGGAAAGAGAGGGAGGAGAGAAACUGGUGUGUUGCCAUGGCGAUCAGAUUCACAGAGCCUAGUCCCUGUUUCGCCAACGUUGAAGCCACAUGACAGGAUUGAGCCUGUGACUGUGGAAAGAAUCCAGUCAGUCACUUCUUCUGUGCACAAACAGAGAGCGGCAAGAUUAACAGCCCUAGCAGUAAUGUGUAAUUAUUACCUUAGUGGCACCCACACCCAGUGAUUUAUGGGCCGUUUGAAGGACUGUUGAGUGCUCUACUAUAGACAAUUGUAAUUUACAGCGUUAGAGCUGUCGAGGAAGAAUAAAGCAGCCCCAAAAUGACUCUUCAGACAUUUCCAGUUCCCUUUGUUAUCUUGUAUGAGUCAAAGAGCGUAUGGACACACACUACACUAUAUUGUAGGCAGUCGAUUAGCAGCGCACAAAAUCCACUGUCAGAUCCAAUGACUGUAUAUAUGAAUGGACAAAGCCACUGAUCACGUGACACCAUUCAUUCCUAUGUGAAGAUUCAAUAGCGCAUUGAAGCCAAAUUAAGUCGGUUAAGAUGGCGUCUCAUGGAGACAUAACAUGCGCAGUUUGAGCUACUCCAGGAAGUGACGUUGCAGGCUAGUUCAGUGCUGUCCCCUCUCAUUGAGUAACUCAAGUUGAAGGCCGCCUGGGGUACUGCAGACUGUCAUUAGCAUCCUUAUAAUUUAUUCUUUGUGCAAUUAAAAAAUGAUUGGUUCAAGGACAGACAUCUGGUGUAUUAGAAGCGAUUAUUGGUACCAUGAUUGUCUUCAUUUGUAUUAUUUUUGACACAAAGAUUGACCACGAAGUUUGUCAUGUUUCCAUUCACUAUAAUGGGGAUCCUGUUUUCUGCUAACAAUGCCUGCAGUGCCAUGGUCGGCCAUGAAUUUCUCUGGCUUCAAUGAGAGGGGGCAGUCGUUCUCCCCUGGUCAGACCUCUAUUGACCCGCAUGGAGUUAUAUCUGCCUGCUGCUGAUAAGAUGUAUUAUGAAUGAGGCUGGCUGUCUGUGCUUGGUCUCAGAUGCUGCUGUGUGUGUAAGAAACACUCUCAGUAGUGCUGUUUGGUUUAUUACAUGUUCUUAUGGAUGGGGGCGUAGGAGAGCAUUUACAUAAGGAGCCUCAGUGUGGGGCCUUCAGCUUUAUCUGGCAACAAAACUGCCACCUCAUGCUUCCUGGGGCCCUCUUUUCCUUAUUCACCCCAGUGAGUCGGCUGUACAAACAAACACAGCUAGCGUCCAGGGAGGGCUCUGCCAUGCCUCUCCCUCUGUGUGUUUGCAGAGCAAAUGAUAGGCAGACCGGGCCCCACUCAGGGAGAGCAAGCCAGGCAAGCGCCCUACGCUGCUGUUGAAAAUAUCUGCAGCCCCAGCGCUGGGAACAAUGAAUUCUGACGGGGAAGGAAGUUGUUAAACUGGAGGCUAGUCUGGCAGAGGGAGGCAAUAGUCAUUCAAGGUAGUCCGAGUCAAACAAGGUCUCCUGGCUGCUCCCAGUACUGAGGUUAGGGGGUGUUGCAUACGAGCCCACAUCUGGUAGCCACAUUAGCAACACCUUCACACGUAGCAGACACUACACUACUCUGGGGUAACUUUUUAAUUGCCUCAAUUUUACACAUUAGCUGUAUUUCUACUGCUUCCCAGCUGGACAAUAUGCUACCUAGUGAAUCAGUCAAUAGGGUCAGUAGAGGCCCCUCUGUAACAUGGAGUAGUAAGUGCUGAUCGAGGAUCAGUUUUGCCUUUUCAGAUCAUAAUGAAUACAAUUAUGUGGAGAAGGGGGAGCUGAUCCUAGAUCAGCACACUUUGUGAAUACGGACCCAGUACACCACCACCAGCCAAUGUUUUUGCACGAUACACCCACAGAGGAGGAAACAGAGAUGGAAUUCACAUUGAUAAAGGAGAUGGAAAUCACAGUGACAAAGGAGAUGGAAUUCACAGUGAUAAAGGCGAUGGGAUUCACAGUGAUAAAGGAGAAUUAAAGAUCUGAGACCUUUUUCUCUCUCUUUCUCUCUCUCUCUUUCUCUCUCUCUCUCUCUUUCUCUCCCGCUCUCUUUCUCUCGCUCGCUCUCGCACUCUCUCUCUCUCUCUCCCUGUGUAGGCGUUAAGCUCAAUCUAACAUAUUGUCUGGUCACAGUAUGCAGCAAAUAUUGAUCUGAGAGUGGGGUGAGAGUGAUAUGGAAGUAGUCUUGAUAUAUUAGCAGCACAAUGUUUCCUAUCUCGCCCACCACCAAACGUUAACCCCUGAAUGAAUGUGUGACACAGGAAGCGCACAAACCUAAAUAUCACUUCUGUUAUUACUAUUAUAGCCUACAGUCAAAAUCAUUUUGGCAUACAGUGUAAACCACAUUAUACUGAUUUGGUGCAGCCUUUUGCCUUAUGCCUGCUGUAUGUGAUAAAGUCCUAAGUGUGUUAUGUAUGGCUCAUUAUGGGAAUAAGCGGUGACAGUGAGUGAGAGUAUAUUUAUUUGUCCAUUGAAAUUACUUUUAUUUGUCCUUUGAGGUGACUAAGCAAGCUUUUGUAGGUUUUGUUAUUUGUCUUGUGUGCAGACAGAGUCAGGCUGUUGUUGUGCCCAAUAGGGGAGGGUCGGAUGCUGGGGCUGGCAGCUGAUAUCCAACAGGCUCUGUGUCAGCUUUAAAGCCAGCUGGGGCGCUGCCACUUUGCCUGCCAUCCCCUGUGACCUGGCAUCCUGCAGUAGCAGUACCCACAGAGACACAGUCCAUCUCUUUACCACAGAGCCUCUCUAACUCAUCUCCCAGAGGGGGUUCCGGCAACAGCGUUUGUUUACGGUAGAAAAAGCAAUACGAUACUAAACGGGGCUCUGUAAAAACAUUAUCUUCUCCCAGAUCUCCAUAGGAUGCAAAAUGCUCUGUAAUCACAUUAUAAACCAACAUGUGAUUUAUUGCAGGGUUAAUCGCUGUGGAACUGGGAGCAUAUAGUAUAUAAUCAACAUAGAAAGACGCUAGUGUUCACAUUUAUGUUGAUCGUACUUACCAGAUAAAGGUCUCUUUUUGAUGCAGAGACAGAGCCACAGUCACAAUAGCAGCACUAUAGAAAUCAGGAGUAACUAGUGGGAGACGGUUAGACCUGAAGAACAAGUCACAGUUUGUGGCCAUUUUAGUCAAUUGCUUCACCUUUCAGAGAAAAUUGUUCUGAACAUUGGAAGUAUAGAUGUAGGAUCUUAAUUUGAGCCAGUUUGCUACAGCAGAACAUUUAUCCUGCAGCAACAGGAAAUGUGGAUUAUUAUGUGGAUUAUAAUUAAUGGACAUUUUUUGUAGGGAUUGAUACAUUUUUCAUUAAGGCAAAUCAAGUCUGACAUUUUAAAGAGGAAAUUACAAACUUUAGAAGCCGUUUUAACCCUUGAAUACACUACAAGUUAGCAUUUCCUGCUGUGUAGGAAAAUUCUCAGCAACAAAAGAGUGAUCAAAUUAAGAUCCUACAUCUGUAUGUAUUGCCCCAGGGCUUGUGUCAAUAGUUAGGAAGGAACACAGUAGUAGCUGGCGUUGCAUGCCUCUCUCUUGCACAGUACACUGCAGUGUUAAACUCACUCCCAGGGUUCAACGUGGGUCACCAACCCUACAGAUGAGGACUGGCAGUCAGGCUGUACAGAACCCACUGAACCCAGGCGUUAUCCGUCAUCGUCGGGCCGCCCCACCAUCUGACUCUUAUGGGUCGGCCCAAGUCUGGACCUGCAGGCAGCCAGAUGCCCAGCCUCUCUCUGUGUGUCUGAGGGGGGAGGAAAGUAGGGUAAAGAGGCACUGCACACCCAGUGCUGCCCGGGUAACAGAUGAGCCCUACUUUUCACUCUGGACCUAUUUGCAGCAUAGUGACCCAGAGAAAGAGUGAGUCUGGGGGGAAUAGAGGGGAAAGAGGAGAGGAAGGGGGGAAAAAGAAAGGCAAUGAGAAUCCAGAACACAUUGGGUCUGAAUUUAUGACUGCCGUCAGAGCUGCGCUCUGUCAUCCCAGCCUUGUUACUGGACUGAUUCUCCUGGUGGAGCCACUAAAUAUAGCCUAGACGUCCCUCCCGCACUGCGCCGCACGCCACUGCCGGGAAGAAAGAAUAAAAGAACCUCACAAGGUCGCUCGCUGUGGAGAGGUGGCUGUAUGUCUCCUCCCUCCCCUAGCCUGUCUCGGGGAAAGAGCCCCCCAUCAGUACAUCUGUAUGGUCACUCCAAAGACCUCUAUAUGGCGCUCAAAGGGGCUGGCAGAGUCAUCUUCUGUUCGUUUAGAUCCCACAGAGCAGGCAGGGUGUGGAUGUGUUCCAUCACCCUCCCUCUCUUUCUCCCUUCUCUCUGUAGCUACUGUCAUGCCCUGGCUAGUAGUGGGAGGGAGCCUGCAGGGCCUAGUGUGGCCUUGAAAAGCUCUGUCCAUUAUUUAUGAAUGUGUCUGCAUGCAGAUGUCGAGCGAGCGGAGGAGCCAGAUGAGAAAUGGGCUCAACGGCUCUCGGAGGUCUGAGGGCUUCUAAUGAGGAAAUUCAAGCCGCUCUCUCUGGGAUAAAUUGAUAUCUAGAUUUGCUCUUCAAUAGAGAGUGAUUUCGAUGCGCUCGUGAAUAGGCACCUUGCUUUGUCCCCUGAAGUGCAGCACUUACCCUAGGUGAUGCCGUAUAUCUCGGCUCACUGUGGUGUGUGUGUGUGUGUGGUAACUAGAGUGAGUGUAUCCAGGCUCCAGCCCAGUCCAUUGUCCUCUAGUCUACUGCAGGUGUUUUUAGUGGGGCUCAGUUUGCAGUCACGAGGGGCUGUAGGAGUCUCCAUCUGGCCCUGGUUCAGCAGCCAGGUACAGAGAGAGCGGGGAAACGUUUCUCGUCACCCUUCCCUCCCUCCUAUCCGUCCUCGCCGUUUGACUUUGUUCUUGACGUGCUCCAGAGAGGCAGCCUUGGGGAGAGAGAGCAGAGCGGAAGAGAGCAGCAGCUCAUCUCAUAUUGGCAAGCUCUCUGGCUGUCUUCCUCUGGCUCUUUGUUAUUCCUCCUCGCCUCUCUCCCUCUCUGCCAUUCUGUUUCUUUCUCUCCUCACUUCUCUGCUACGGCUCCCUGGUGCUGUGAGAUACCGCUGGGGUGUGUGGGUAUCAGAAGGUUUGUCAGCACCUGAGGGAACAGAAAGAAUCAGGCGAUCUGUUGAUGCUUUGUGGGAGGGAAAAUCACACCCUCAUGGAUAUUGUCAGCAAAUCCAUGGAAAUAAUAAGGGGGGAAAUGUAUUGUGAUUUUGCAAUUAUCUGUAUUUUAUUGCCAAUUAUUUUUCUCCGGAUGAGUGUUGCACUAUGUGACUGAAGGUGUCAAAGAAAGUAUGGCUUUCUUUUGUUCUGCAGUCCCUGUGGACUAUUGCAGGUUGAUAGUAUAGAUCUGGCAUGUAAGAUUAUAUAUUUUUGCCUCCCUCCUAAAGUUUGUAGUGUUUUGGGUCAAAAAAGACUGUAAAAUCACCAGGAAUUCAGCAAAAUAUUUGUUUAAUUCACACAAAUAAAAAAAGAGACGUGAUCGUGUCUCAAUCUAAUUCAACGUAUGAAAUGAUUGUUAUUUUCAAAUACAAUCUCUUUUUGGGCUUAGUUGUGGUCAAUUUGCAGUGUACAAAUUAAUAUAAUAAGUUCCGUUCCCCAUCCCACCAUCCGCUCCGACAAAAAACGGCCCACGGCUGAAUCUAGUUGCCUUCCCCUGGUAUAGAUGUUACAUAUCAUGCCCUCCAGACAUCACCUGACACCAAUAUGGAUGGGGGUUAAGGGCUGUAAGUAAGCAUUUCACGGUAAUGUCUACACCUGUUGUAUUCGGCCCAUGUGGCAAAUAAAAUUUGAUUUGAUUUGGGUCACAAGUCCCUGCCUGUCCCUCCUCGAUCCGUCACGCUGGCACCUCUCCAAGCUAGCAGGGACAGAUGGAGAGACACUCAUUUCUUGGAUCACAUUGUCCCCCUCUGCCCGAAAAUAGGUUACAUGAUGUUCAAUAUUUCAGGUUGAGAGAGAGAGAGUGCUUUACAUGUGAAUGUAUGUAAGUCACAUUCUCUAUUUCUGGUCCUGGCGGUGCUCUUGCGCCAUCUUGUGGUAGAAUGUGGCAGUCCGUUUUUUGCAUUUACAUAAGGUCUAACCAGUAGGGAGGGGUUCAUCAAAAUGUUCAUUCACAUUCAUGUUCAUUCCAUAUUCAAUUCAAAAGUGAACGCUAUAUCACGUCAGAUGUGAAAAGUAAUUUGUAAUUUAUUUAUUUGCAGGUAAAGCUUCCUUUCCCUGUAGAUCAAAUCACAAAUCUUCCACGGAACGACUUCCAAAUGAUGGUAAAAAUGCACAAACUGACCUCAGAGCAGCUGGAGUUCAUCCAUGACGUCCGGCGGCGGAGUAAGAACCGCAUCGCAGCGCAGCGCUGUCGCAAGAGGAAGCUUGACUGCAUCAUGAACCUGGAGUGUGAGAUCAGAAAAUUGGUCAGUAUGUCUGUCAUUCUCUCUCAUAGACAUACUGUGCACACCAGAGGAGGCUGGUGAGAGGAGCUAUAGGAGGACAGGCUUAUUGUAAUGGCUGGAAUGAAAAUAGCUCCUCCCACCAGCCUCCUCUGGCACAUACAAUACUGCAGCACAUAGUGUGUGGACCUACUGGGUUGUAGAGUAGUAGAACAAUGUGAUGUCUAUAUAGAACCGUUCUCUCCCUGGACUUACUAAUGAUAACAUGUUGACAGUGCAACAAGCAUUACCUUGGAAUAGAGUAAUAUUAAUUAUAUCAACACUGUCAGCACUUUCACGCUGGCCGAGCUGUCAAAGUACAGUAAUGUGUGUGUAGGCUGGUGUAGGGGGAAGAAUAUUAAAGUAGAGGAUCCCCAGUAGAGUGCUGGCUGUAUGUCUCCCACCUUGCCUUCUCGCCCCCACGUUUCCAUGGCAUCGCGGCAGGCGGUCUCUCACAGGCAGCCAGUAUGCUUUUUCCGUGAUGGGGUGGAGCUGCAGGCCUUUGGUGUGUUGUGUGUGUCAGCCACACACACACACACACACACACACACUAGUGCUUUACACUCCACAGUGGACUGACAGCCUUCCCCUUGAUGUCACCCAGCAGCAUCCUAGAUAUGAGAACAUCAUCAUCAUCUCAAACCGCUUUCCACCACCUCGUCCCAUGUUACCUCAGUGCACACAGCAUCCUGGAAAUGCUCGCUCAUCACAAACCUUAUCAACAGCAUGCUUGCUAUUGAAACGGCAUUAUUUAACAUAAGCUUAGGGAGCAAACAAUAUAGCUAGGCCAUGUGAACUCUUUUAUGUUGAUAUGAAGAAGUGAAUGGCAUGUAGCAAGCAUCCAUGUCACUCUGCUGCUAUAGGUAGUAUGAAGCAUUUAUAGAACAUCGACUGUGCAGCUGCAGUGUCAAAGGGCAUCACAGUAUGUACUGCAUGUCUCUUUGCUCCUUGUCAGACCACAGCUCAUGACACUAGUCCUCAUCCCUAAUAUUUCCUUUUGUGUCCACCAGGUGAACGAGAAGGACAAGCUGCUGGCAGAGAGGAACCAGCUGAAGGAGUGUAUGGGCGAGCUGUGGGAGAACUUCUCCUGUCUGUCCCAGGAGGUGUGCAGGGACGUGCAGCUGAGCCCGGAGCAGGUCCAGUCCCUGAACCACUACUGCCCUGUUCUGAAGCCCGGCACCAACACCACCGACACUGCCAUCAAUGCUGCCUCCAACAGCAUUGACCUUACCACCCACUCCGGCUCAGCCACCCCGGAGCCCAGCUUCCUGAAGUCCCCCGGGCCCUCAGAGAGCGAGCCUGACUCGGCCAUGGGGAAUGAGGCUGACGGGGGGGGAGGCGGCAACGAGGCGGAAGGGCAGGAGCCGAGGUUAUACAUGGAGGCGGGGCUCUCGUUCAAUGAACAGUCCAAUCAGACGGUGACGGUAGACUUCUGCCAGGAAAUGACUGAUAAAUGUACAACUGACGAACAGCCGAGAAAGGACUGUACAUAG